UUAGUCAUAAACUGACAAAUGUGUCAUAUCAAAAUCAUUAUUAUAUUUGUUAUAGUAUCUCUUACAGAUUUGGAUUUAAUCCUACAAUGUUCGUGCUGGAAACAAUUAAGACCAAACCAAUGGACCAUCGUCCAAAAGUAACUUUAUAUUCCAAGAAACAGUAUUCUCCAGGGAUAAAAGUAACGGAUUGGUAUAAUAUAUACAAUGCUCAGCCUGUAGAUAGAAAUCCUUAUUGCCCAAAACAUAACCUAUUUACCUCACAUUAUGUAAACUUGGGAAACGAUUAUAGCACUAAGUGGGUAACUACAACAAGGAAUAUGUUAGAUCAAGUUUAUACUAGACGGAGAGAACUGGAAAUAAAUCCUAACAAACAGCUAGUCAAUGUCUACACUACAAUAGACAUUCCAGAGCAAAAGCCAAAACCAUUAAAUUAUGAAGACUGUUACGUAUCUACAAUGCACAGUAGUUAUACUACUCCAUAUGAGUAUCCAAUUAAGAGGCUGACGAUGACUGAUCCCCCUUUUCUUCAAAACAGAAAAUUUUCUCAUUCUCCCAAAUGCAAGUUUCUUGAUGAUACGUUCCUUAAAGAAACAAAAGAUCUCCAGCUCCACAAAAUCAAUCGGCAUGUUUCGUAUAAUUGUAACACUAAUAUGUACACCGAUGGAAGUUCUGGAUAUGUCAGAGAAAAUAAAUGCUACGACUUAAAUUUUUAUGAAAAUGAUAAAUCUUGCUAAAAUGUGAACCAAGUGUUUUAUAACAAAUAGCUUUUAAAUAAAGUUUUCCCCAGUUAAAA